CGCCAGUCCUGCACAAUGGCCGCCAAAUGAAUUAUAACAGGAGAAGAAGAAAUUACUUCCGUCGCCAUUCAAAACAAUCCUGAAGUUUCUGUUUCUGAGUCUGGGGUUGCGUUUACUUUAAAAAUGUCUCAAAGUACACCAGAUAAAGACAACCAAACUUCCGGGGCCAAAAAGACCAUUUCUUUGCCGAUUUCCAGAGUCCGGCUGAUCAUGAAGAGCUCCCCGGAUGUCUCCAGCAUCAACCAGGACGCUCUUUUCCUCACCACCAAGGCUACAGAGCUGUUUGUGCAGCAUUUGGCUCUGACUUCAUUCACCAACAGCUCCGGAGGGGAAACCAACACUCUGGAAUACAGUGACUUGGCUAAAACAGCAGAGACGAUCGACACUUUCCACUUUCUCACAGAUAUCUUGCCGAAGAAGAUCUUGGCUCGAGAUUACCUGAAGUCUUUGGAGCAAAUGCAAGAUGAAGACGCUGAUUUUUGACAAGAAAAUGACCUCCAUCUUAUUUGGACACGUGUCACAUCUUUCCACAAGCAAAAUGACUCAGAAGAGACACUUUGAACUUUACCUGUGCUUUUAGACGCACCGAGUUCGUGUAGAGAUUUUUGGAAAAUAAGAAGUUAGAGAAAAUGGAGCAACGAGGGAACAAACUGAGAAUCAAAAGAAGAUCAACUUCAAUCUCAAAAACACAUUCUUCUUAUUUUUGCGUUGCAAAAUAAAUAUUUUGUACUGGAUAAAGUGUCUGAAAAUCUAAGUUCAGCAGUACUCGACCUUCCCACCUGAAGAGGCUGAGGGUUUUCUGGAAGCAGCGUGGUAAAUUUUACAUGAUGGAUCAGAAGUAAAUAAUUUCUCUUUAACAGACUGUGAUAAACCAAGGAAACCUGUUCCUGACAGCUGCCUCUGUUACAGAGUUCCUACUGUCCUAAAACAGAGUUUGGGUUAAAGCUUUAUUGUAGAAAUGUUAAACAUCAAUAUAAGAGUCUAAAUACAAAUUCUUAUUGAUUAUAAUUUAAACCUAUUUGAAACGAGGUUAUAUUUUGAGCUAAAAAAGCACAGAAAUUGCUUGAAUAUAUCAGAAAUACUUUUGUUUCAAGUGUGACUAAAGGAGCUGCAGAUAUGYUUUUCCAAAUAAAAAUGUACACCUCA